CGGGGACUCAGCUCAGCGCGCCGCCGCCGCCGGCUCAGCGGAUUUUGUUUUUGCACUGAAUGUAGCCUGGAUUGAUCCUCACGGGCUUCAGGAGCCCAGGGAUACUAUCAAAGGCCGUAUUUGUGUGUUUCUGCAGAGUUUUGCACAGAUUCUGUUCCCAUGCAAACCGAUGAGGGAGAAAUAUUGGAAGAAAGCUGCUCGGAGGUGGGACAUGAAGAUUUGGUAAUGGAAGGGCAUGGCAAGACUCCGCCUCCUGGUGAAGAAAGCCAACAAGAGAAGGAGCAAGAAAGGGAAGAACAGUUAAUGGAAGACAAGAAAAGGAAGAAAGAGGAUAAAAAGAAGAAAGAAGCUGCUCAGAAGGUCACGGAACAAAAAACCAAAGUGCCCGAAGUGACGAAACCAAGUCUAAGCCAACCAACGGCCGCCAGCCCCAUUGGCAGCUCUCCAUCGCCACCAGUCAAUGGUGGCAACAAUGCCAAAAGGGUGGCAGUGCCGAACGGACAACCGCCGAGCGCCGCCCGCUACAUGCCUCGGGAGGUGCCGCCGCGAUUCCGUUGCCAGCAGGACCACAAAGUGUUACUAAAACGUGGGCAGCCCCCUCCACCCUCCUGUAUGCUCCUUGGGGGUGGGGCUGGGCCUCCUCCCUCCACCACACCUGGAGCAAACCCCAACAACGCACAAGUGACAGGAUGCCUGCUGCAAAGUGAGAGUGGGCCUGCAUCAGAUUCAUCCAUCGGAGGUGCUGCUGCUUCAAAUUAUGCAAAUUCCACUUGGGGUCCAGGAGCCUCCUCCAGCAACGGCGCUGCUGCCAACCCCCCUCCCACCUGGGACAAGGUGAUUGUAGACGGGUCUGACAUGGAAGAGUGGCCUUGUAUCGCCAGCAAAGACACUGAGGCUCCUUCCGAGAACACCACCGAGAACACCAGUGCCUCGAACCCUGGCUCUGAGAAAAGUCCUCUGCCAGGAAGCACCACUAGUCACAAAGGAAAAGGAAGCCAGGGCCCCCCUGGGGCUUCUGGGAGCGAAUGUAAUCUUGGGGUCUGGAAAUCUGACCCCAAGGCUAAGUCUGUUCCCCCUUCCAUCUCUGCUGCAGAGAGCAACAACGCCCUUGGGAACUGGAGGAACGUGAGUGGUCAGGAGAGGGUCGGUCCUGCUUCGGGCUUCAGCAACUUCAACCCAAAUAGCAACCCGUCUGCCUGGCCCGCGCUGGUGCAGGAGAACAGUUGUAGGAAGGGAGCCCCGGAGGCCGAGAGCGGCAACCCCAGCGCGCAGGCGGGCACCGCCGGCCAGGCGUCCAAGAUGGAGAACAGCACGGGGGUGAACUAUGCUGUCUCUGGCCGGGAACAGGCUCCAGGUCAUAACACUGAUGGACCAAAAAACGGAAACACUAACUCCUUGAACUUAAGCUCACCAAACCCCGCCGAGAAUAAGGGGACGCCCUUUGGGGCGGGCUUGGGGAGCUGCUCCAGGGGCGCGGACGCCCCGCCCCAAAGCACUGGAGACAGGCAGCCAGGGAACGCUGGGUCUCGGGGCACAGGCAGGGGGUCUUCUGGAACUGACACCGUCUCUGGACAAAGCAACUCUGGAAACAAUGGGAACAAUGGGAAAGAGAGAGAGGACGCCUGGAAGGGCGCCUCGGUCCAGAAAUCAGCGGGCUCAAAAAGCGACUCUUGGGACAACGGCGGCAGGUCAGCGGGCGGCGGGUCCUGGACCUUUGGCCCGCCGGACCCGAAUGAAAGCAAAUGGGGUGAAGGGAACAAAAUGACAUCCGGGGUCUCUCAGGGAGAAUGGAAACAGCCGACUGGGUCUGACGAGUUGAAGAUCGGAGAAUGGAGUGGUCCAAACCAACCAAAUUCUAGCACUGGAGCAUGGGACAAUCAGAAGGGCCACCCCCUCCCUGAAAACCAAGGCAAUCCCCAGGCUCCCUGUUGGGGGAGAUCUUCGAGCUCCACAGGAAGUGAGGUUGGGGGUCAGAGCACUGGAAGUAACCACAAAGCAGGAAGCAGUGACAGUCACAAUUCCGGACGCCGGUCGUACAGGCCCAACCAUCCCGACAGCCAGGCGGUCUUGCAGACUCUGUUGAGCCGGACUGACCUGGACCCCCGGGUGCUUUCCAACACUGGCUGGGGCCAAACUCAAAUUAAACAGGAUACGAUCUGGGAUAUCGAAGAGAUGCCGAGGCCCGAGGGGAAAUCGGAUAAAGGGACGGAGGGGUGGGAGAGCUCUACCACCCAGACAAAGAACUCAGGGGGCUGGGGAGACGGACCCAGCCAAAGCAAUCAAAUAAAGUCUGGAUGGGGUGAGCUCUCAACCCCUACAGAAUGGAAGGACCCCAAAAACACAGGCGGCUGGAGCGAUUACAAGAACAGCAGUUCCUCCAGCUGGGGAGGAACGAGACCAGAGGAGAAGGCGUCUUCCUCGUGGAACGACAAUUCCGGCAAGGAUCAGGGCUGGGGAGGGCGCCAGCCUAACCAAGGAUGGACAUCAGGAAAGAACGGAUGGGGAGAAGAAGUCGAUCAGACAAAGAACAGUAACUGGGAGGGCUCGGGAAAUAAACCAGCACCCGGUUGGGGUGAAGGAAGCCAAAACGAAAUUGGGACUUGGGGAAACGGUGGAAACGCAAACUUGGCUUCCAAAAGCGGAUGGGACGAUUGCAAAAGAUCUCCAGCCUGGACGAACGAGACGGCUCGGCAGUCCAAUUCCUGGAAUAAACAGCACCAACAGCAGCAGCCGCAGCAGCCGCCGCCGCCGCCGCAGCAGCAGCAGGAGGCCUCCAGCUCCUGGGGAGCCCCGCCACAACCACCGCCUCCAGGCAACGGGCGGACCCCCAACCCCAGCUGGAACAGUGGGCCACAGCCAUCGGCUCCUAAGGACGAGGAGCCCAGUGGCUGGGAGGAGCCUUCCCCGCAGUCCAUUAGCAGGAAGAUGGACAUUGAUGAUGGCACGUCAGCCUGGGGAGACCCAAGUAGUUACAACUACAAGAAUGUGAACCUGUGGGAUAAGAACUCUCAAGGGGGCCAGGCCCCACGAGAACAAAGCCUGCCCACCCCGAUGACGAGCAAAACAUCAUCAGUCUGGAGCAAAAGCACACCACCUGCUCCAGAUAAUGGUACAUCAGCUUGGGGUGAGCCAAAUGAAGCCAGCCCUGGGUGGGGUGACAUGGAUGAGACAGGAGCAUCCUCUACAGGCUGGGGUAGUACCCCCUCCAGUGCUCCAAAUGCCAUGAAACCCAACUCCAAAUCUAUGCAAGAUGGAUGGGGGGAGAGCGAUGGGCCAGUGACAGGAACCCGCCAUCCCAGCUGGGAAGAAGAUGAUGACGGAGGAGUUUGGAACACCACAGGCUCUCAGGGAAGCAGCUCCUCUCAUAAUUCAGCAGGCUGGGGACAAGGAGGCAAGAAACAGCAAGUGAAGUGUUCACUAAAAGGCGGAAACAGUGAUUCCUGGAUGAACCCUCUUGCCAAGCAGUUUUCAAAUAUGGGAUUGCUGAGUCAAGCUGAGGACAGCCCAGCCAGUAAGAUGGAUUUAUCUGUAGGGAGCCUUCCUGACAAGAAGUUUGAUGUGGACAAACGAGCCAUGAAUCUCGGGGACUUUAAUGAUAUCAUGAGGAAGGAUAGAUCUGGGUUCCGUCCACCUAAUUCCAAAGACAUGGGAACCACAGAUAGCGGGCCUUACUUUGAAAAGGGUGGCAAUCAUGGUUUGUUUGGAAAUAGCACAGCACAAUCGCGGGGCAUGCACACGCCGGUGCAGCCGCUAAACUCUUCCCCUAAUCUGCGGGCGCAAGUGCCUCCCCAGUUUAUUUCUCCCCAGGUUUCUGCCUCCGUGCUCAAGCAGUUUCCUAACAGCGGCCUGAACCCGGGUCUUUUCAACCUGGGGCCUCAGCUUUCUCCCCAGCAGAUCGCCAUGCUGAGCCAGCUUCCACAGAUUCCCCAGUUCCAGUUGGCCUGUCAGCUUCUCCUACAACAGCAGCAGCAGCAGCAGCAGCUGCUCCAAAACCAGAGAAAGAUCUCCCAGGCCGUGCGGCAGCAGCAUGAACAGCAGCCUCUCCCGCUUCCUCUGCAGAUUGCUCGGAUGAUGAGCGCAUUGCAGCAGCAGCAGCAGCAGCAGCAGCAGCGACCGCCGAGCAUGAAGCAUUCGCCAUCUCAUCCCGUCGGACCCAAGCCACAUCUUGACAACCUGGUCCCCAGUGCCCUGAAUGUGGGGCUCCCUGACCUUCAGAGCAAAGGGCAAAUUCCUGGCUACAGUUCUGGUUUUGGCUCAAGUGGCAUGGAUUAUGGCAUGGUUGGAGGGAAGGAAGCUGGGACAGAAUCUCGCUUUAAACAGUGGACUUCUAUGAUAGAAGGCCUGCCCUCGGUAGCUACACAAGAUGCCAGUAUGCACAAAAAUGGCGCCAUAGUACCCCCCGGAAAAACACGAGGAGGAUCGCCAUACAACCAGUUUGACAUCCUCCCAGGCGACACGUUGGGGGGCCAUACGGGGCCUGCUGGUGAUAGUUGGUUACCCGCCAAAUCGCCACCAACAAAUAAAAUUGGAAGUAAAUCCAGCCAUGCCAGUUGGCCUCCAGAAUUCCAACCAGGAGUGCCGUGGAAAGGUAUACAAAACAUCGACCCUGAGUCUGACCCCUAUGUGACCCCAGGAAGUGUGCUCGGGGGUCCAGCCACAUCUCCCAUUGUAGAUACUGACCACCAACUUCUGCGGGACACCACCACAGGGUCUAAUUCUUCCCUCAACACCUCGCUGCCUUCACCUGGUGCCUGGCCCUACAGUGCCUCUGACAACUCCUUUACCAACGUUCAUAGCACUUCAGCAAAGUUCACUGAUUACAAAUCAACAUGGUCCCCAGACCCCAUAGGACACAACCCCACUCAUCUCUCCAACAAGAUGUGGAAAAACCAUAUUUCCUCAAGGAACACUAGCGGGCUGCCCCGCCCACCUCCUGGCCUGACCAAUCCCAAACCGUCAUCUCCCUGGAGCAGCACAGCCCCCCGCUCAGUCAGAGGGUGGGGGGCCCAGGACUCCAGGCUUGCCUCAGCCUCUGCCUGGAGCGAUGGCGGCACAGCUCGUCCUAGUUACUGGCUGGUUCUUCACAACCUCACUCCCCAGAUUGACGGGUCAACCUUGAGGACGAUCUGCAUGCAGCAUGGCCCGCUGCUGACAUUCCAUCUGAACCUGACCCAGGGCACAGCCCUGAUCCGAUACAGCACCAAACAGGAGGCGGCCAAGGCCCAGACUGCCCUACACAUGUGUGUGCUGGGAAACACUACCAUCCUGGCUGAGUUUGCCACAGACGAGGAGGUGAGCCGGUUUUUGGCACAAGCCCAGCCCCCUCCCCCUGCCGCGACGCCAAGCGCGCCGGCCGCCGGCUGGCAGCCCCUGGAGACGGGACAAAGCCAGGCAGACGCCGUCGGCCCCGCCCUGAAUCUUUUUGGGGGGUCAGCAGGGCUCGGCCAGUGGAGCAGCGGCGGGGGCGGCAGCAGUGGCGGCGACCUCCCUGGCGCCUCCUUGUGGGGGCCCCCAAACUACUCCUCCAGCUUGUGGGGGGUCCCCAGUGGGGAAGAUCCCCACAGGAUGGGCAGCCCUGCUCCUUUGCUACCUGGUGACCUUCUGGGAGGAGGGUCGGAUUCAAUCUGAACUUAGAACUUUCAACUCUGACCUCGUGACCUUUUUUGGAACAGCAGCAGCACUAACUCGACCUUUUCGUUUUUUUUUUCAACUUGCAAUAAAUACAUUUUUAAAAGGAAAAAAGAAAACGGAGAGAGGAAAAAAAAAAGGUGGGUCAUUGCCAGACUGUCUGAGCACAUAGUUGCCUCCCUUAUAACUUCAGUUUUUUCGUUUGGAAAAUGAAUCCAAAAAGAGAACAUAUCACUCUUGAAAUACUUGAAUCAUGAACGCCAACCUAGAAAGACAAUGUGAAGCAAGUACACAUACCAUUUAAAUUUCAACACAAAAAAUUAAAAAAAUUAGUUUCUAGUUUUUCACUUUUUCAUGUUAUACGGAAGUUGUUGCUAAGAAACAUAUAUACUGAAAAAUAGCUUUUUAACUUGGUUUGCACUGGGUGUGUUUCCGUCCUUAGGUCUACCAUGUUGG